CCAGGGCCCCCCCAGCGGUAACUCUCUGGGGGGGGCAGAAGACAGAGGGGACCUCUCUCCGGACGGACGCGGUGACGCCAAAACUUUUGAGUGGAUGAGAAUCAAAAGGAAUCUUCCCAGAACAGUCAAACCAGCAGACUGUGACUUUGCUGGGGAGACAAGCACGGGGUCUCCCAGGACCAGCUUCAGCACGAAGCAGCUGACAGAGCUGGAGAAAGAAUUCCACUUCAACAAGUACCUGCCCCGGGCCCGGCGGGUGGAGAUCGCCUGCGCCUUGCAGCUCAGCGAAACCCAGGUGAAGAUCUGGUUCCAGAACCGCAGGAUGAAGCAGAAGAGGAGGGUGAGGGAGAGUUUCCUCGAGGGAGCCGCUGGCUGCAAGGUCCCGGGGUCUUCCUCUGACAAGUCAGACCUGGCCUGCCCAGCAACCUCUCCUGGCAGACAGAAGGAGGCUCCCAGGCCUUCGCUCCGACAGGCCCUUGGUUGUUAGAACUUCUGCCCUGAUCUUUGAGAGCCACCUUCUCCAUGAGAGCCACCCAGCUUCCUAGGGGGAGAGGGUGCAGGGCUCUGAAAACAAUGCAAUGGACUUGGGAAUGAAAGCACACGCCAAAAACCUCUGCAGGGCCUUCCAGACUCACCGCCCGUUAAAUCGGUGUCCUUCCAACACAAGCAGAUGGUAGAUUCAUGAAUGACUAGCUUAAAAAAAGGCCCUUUCCCCUCGACAUUCUUACAGAAAGGUGACUAGAGAGGGCCAAUUUUUUUUUCAAAACCACGUUUUUACAAAACAAAACAAAAAAUGGAGAGAAGAAAAAGUUCUCGGGCCCUCAAAAAGUGUCUUGAUUCUUUCUGAGUGGUUCUGACUUUUUUUUCCCCACUAAAAGUUUCCGUUUCGUUUUUAUGCAUGAUACCGUUACACUUUUUCCACGCACAAAACAUUCUCCAAACUCUUUAGUCACCAAAUCUGUAGCUUAAUAUUUUUUUUUUCCACAAAAUGUCUCAUUUUGUGAUGGAAGGUUUUGAUGAGCUAGCAGUUUGGACAAAGUCUAGUUUCACAAAGGAUUUUCCUCCAAAAGUUGCGAGGUCAGCUUUAUUCACAAUGAGUUUUCACAAUUUUUUGUUUCUGAAAGAACAUUGUUUGGUGGGGGUCUUUGCAUGGCUUUUUUUUUUCCACAGAAAAUGUCACAAUUUUUUCACCAAAUGUUUCAAUUCCCUGUUUUUCAAAACAGCUUUUGACAAGAAUUUCGGGGAGGAUUUCCAAUGUUCUUAUUUCAUUGAGCUCUUUUAGAAAGAGCUGGGGUUAUCGUCUCCUGGGAGUAGGUUUUUGAAAGAUAUGUAAUGAUGCCACAGUGGUGAAAUGUCUAGGGAGAAGAAAGCACCUCAAAAAUGUUUUGAAGACCAAGACAUUUUUGCUGAACUUGGCAUUCUAGCCUCAGACGGCCAUUCUGGGCCAAGAUACCUGCCCGCUCACAUGACUGAUAUUCUAACGCUGUGGUGUCCAGCUAGUUCUGAAGCUACUGCUACAGCGAACUAGCCACACUCAACCGGCCAAAUAGCCACAUGUGGCUAGCGGUCAACGUGUGGACACCACGGCUCUCGUGGCUGAGUUAACCUGCUCUCUGCUGCGAUACCAAAGGGACAGAAAGAAAGGUUUCAAACUCACCAGAGCCAAUGGAAAAAGUCUUUAAAGGACUUCGGAUCUGAGCUACAUGAAACAAGUUCUGUGCCGCGUGAUCAGUGGGCUGACACAGAGAUUGGAUCAAGUAAAUAUGUUUUCCCCUGGCUUUUAAAUGUGCUCUCCUAGGCCACAUGCACUCCCAGCAUAAAUGGAUAAGGCAGGAAAAAUGUGAGUUCAAAAUCAGGAUUAGAAAUACAAGAAGCAUGAUCAUUAUCCCAUAAAUAACCCCUCAGCCAAAGCUUAGAAGUGUUUUAUUUAUUUGCGCAUUUCCAAGGUUCUUCAUUAACAUUUAAAUCUUCUACAGCUGGAAAGAAACACACUCUUCCUACUGAAUGUGGAUUUAAUAUAUAGCAAGGAGUAGUGGAGUGAAAGCAACACACAAAAUUCAGAUGUCAGGGGUGUUGUCACAACUUUAAUAGGACAGUGGGGGUGAGCUGGAGAGAAGUGAAUAGUUGCUUUUAAAAAUCUUAAUAAAAGAUUAAAUGGAGGCCCACGUUUUAUCAAGGACAAACUAUAAUAAUGGUUGUAAUAACCCUUGGUAACACUAGAGCCACUUAUGCUGAGAAAAAGUUUGCACACAGUGCCUGACUUUGGAGAAAUCAUCUGUUCUUUUUCAUCACCGUACUUUAUUUUGAUUAUUACUGAUAUUUGACUUUUAAAUCUGCAUUUGAGGAAUGCCUUUUUGUGCAUGGUUUAUUUUCACUGGGCUCAUGCAUUACAAGAGGUUAACCCAGCGAAAGGACUUAGGUGGCUUAAAAGUACAUUUGAUUUAAAAAAAUAUAUAUGGCUAUAUUCUUCAACAGCCACUGAAUUCAUAGCAAAUGUUAUGCAAACCAAACUUUCCCGCAGUCUUCCUUUUUAGGAUUAAUGGAGCAGUUCUAGGGUUCCAACUCCCCUAAAUAAUAUGCACAUCAGUGGAAUCUGAAGCAGGACAAUCUCUAGAAACAGUUGCCUUUUUAAUUUGAUCUUUAAAUUUGCAGUUCGGUCUAAUUAUGCUGGAAAAAAAAAGACAAAUACACGUAAAACAAUCGCUAGGUACCAAAUAUGCUAAUUCGCUAGCAACACUAUUAUUUUGUCUUUCCCCGCUGCAAAAUUCUAAUCACAUUUCUGAAAUGAGCUGUGAAUUGUUCACUACAGCCCUCCUGUGGAAUGAGCGUUGCUGCUGAGAUUUGCGUGUUUAAAAUGAAUUUUCCUUGCACUGCUCUGUAACAAUGUUUUUAUCGUCUGGCCUGGUUUUAAAAAGUCUCCUAAAAUGUGUUAUUUUACGUGACUCCAUGAGGAAAGCAAAGGUAAGUUCAGCCAUCUUGGUGACGCCGCAAAAUGUCCAGAAUUGGUACAACAGAGAAAGAAAAAGUGAAAUUUAAAAUCUUGGGGGAUUGCAGAGGGUAGUUAUGAGUGCAAUGUAAAAUUGGCGGAUUUUCCUUUAUACCAAAGAUGUAUAGCGACUCCAGUCCUGGAGCAGGAGACUUCUUUUGACACUGGAGAAUAUUGGAAAGGCAUGUGAAAAGGAAGGGAACUAUUGCAAGAUGUCUACCUCUUAUUUGUCAGGACUAUCAAAAUGUAUGCAGUGUGGCUGUAGCAGUGUCAGUCCUAGGGAGCACCAAGGUGAGGGAGCUGAUAUCUUUUAGUGGACUCACUUGCGUUAGUGAACAAUACAACCUUGUGAGCUACAGAGUGGUCCUGAAGAAGAGCUUUGUGUAGCUUAAAAUCUAAUCUUAGACGCUGGUCCAAUAAAAGACAAUAGCUCACCCACCUGGUCCCCCAGGACUAUCGGACACAAGAUGUGGAUUUAUUUAUUGAUUUAUUUAUUGUCUUUCAAUGUGACACGGGCGGUGUGUUGUGGUGGGAAAUGCACAUUUGAAGGGACAACAUUAAAAACGGUCUUGGUUUGAUUCGAUUUGGGUUCUUUCUUUUAUUUACCAUUUAUGCUAAGAUGGCACCUCAGCUCCAGCGAACUGGUAUGUCCACCUUGCAACGCGACACGGAACAUCACCCCCACAUCGUCCCAGACGGUUCCUGCCCCUGCGCCCUUGCAAUAUUG